UAAUAAUAAAUUUUUAGUUAAAAAAUUAAAAUACCUAAAGUUCUAAUCACAUAAAAUAAAAAUAAAUUAUUUUUCAUUUUCAAUUUUAAAAAGAAAUUAAGCAUAAAAGGGGACAUGCAUGAACUGUCGGGAUUCAAAAACCAAACAAUGAAAAAUGGACAGCAUGAUGCCAUGACAGUCAGCAACAAACGUGGAGGAGAAGGAGAAGAAUAAAAAGAAGAAAACUAGCUAGGCACUCAAUUUUCUUCAUGGCAGCAAUAGUGGUAAAGAAAAGGAAGAAGAAGAAGAAUAGUAGCAACUUACUUGUAGAUCUGCUUGAGGAAGCUGAAGAAGACAAGAGGUGCGCCUGGAUAGUGCCUUGCGCCUUUGCAACAUCGCCCGCCUGGAAGGCUUUCAGGCGCUGCCGUUGGAGCCUGGUUCGUGGUCCAACUUGUGCUCGAAGGUUUGCCAAUUAUUUGGAGGAGAUGAAAGAAGAUGCAGAAAUAAAAAAUAUCAUGGUUUUGGAACGUGGCUUCAAUGGCUGGGAAGCAGCUGGUAGACCUGUUUGUCGCUGUACCAGUAUACCAUGCAAGGCUGAGACUUGAGAGUGCUUUGCAAUUGAUCAAAAGACCACCUCUAUUUGGAGGAAGCAUGGUUAGUUAUCAACUGGAAUGUUAGAGAUUGCUAUUGACUGUUUAAUGGUAAUUUCCACAUAUCCAAUAGUCUCGCUAUGUCCUUUGAUAUGAACGGACGAAGAUGCGAUUUUCUUGCACACUUUAUUUAUUAUACUUGUAAGAUCCUCUGUAAGCAAACACUACUUGUGUUGUGUUGUGUGGAAGAUGAUUGGAAGUCUUGUUGCUGUGUUCAAUA